GCGUGGAGUUCCUGAAUUGCAUUAGCGCGGCGGCCGCAACGCGCAGUACGCGAAGUCGGGAAAGGCGUGGAACGUCGUGCGAGUUGUUGGCAUUGUGUGGUGACCGGCUCAAGCAGCGAGCAAGAGCUCGCGAGAGGAAUCGCCAAUGAGCGGGGAACCGGUGGACGACGGUCUAGUCCGAGUGUGGUGCGAUGGAUGUUACGACAUGGUGCACUUCGGGCAUGCCAAUCAGCUCCGUCAGGCCAAGGCAAUGGGCGACUACCUGGUCGUGGGAGUCCACACUGAUGAGGAGAUCAAGAACCACAAGGGACCACCCGUGUUCACCGAGCAGGAGAGAUACAAGAUGGUUCGUGCCAUCAAGUGGGUUGACGAGGUCGUCGAAGGUGCACCCUACAUCACGACUCUAGAAACAUUGGACAAGUACAAAUGCAACUUCUGUGUUCAUGGAGAUGACAUCACGUUGGAUGCAUCUGGAGAAGACACCUACCGCUACGUCAAAGAGAGUGGUCGUUACAAAGAGUGCAAACGGACAGCAGGGAUUUCAACCACAGAUCUCGUUGGCCGCAUGCUGCUGAUGACCAAGCAACAUCACCACAGAGGUGCAAAGGAGUAUGGUGUGGACAAGGAGCAUGCAGGCAACAUCAGCAAGUUCUCUGGUUUUGAUGAUGGUCUAACUACAGCCUACGUCAAUGGAAACGGCGACUCCACGACACACAGCCCGUGGACCGGAAUCUCCCAGUUUCUGCCGACGACGCAAAAGAUCAUACAGUUUGCCGAGGGCAAGGAGCCAAAGAGCACAGAUCGCAUUGUUUACGUGGCAGGAGCCUUUGACCUUUUUCAUGUCGGCUACUUGGAUUUCUUGGAGAAGGCCAAAGGCGAGGGCGACUAUCUCAUUGUUGGGCUCCACACAGACCCUGUUGUGAACAGGUACAAAGGUUACAACUACCCCAUCAUGAACCUCCACGAGCGUGUUCUGAGCGUCUUGGCUUGCAAGUAUGUCAAUGAAGUGGUCAUAGGAGCUCCUUACUCUGUCACUACAGACCUCAUGGAGCAUUUCCGUGUUCAUGUGGUGUGCCAUGGCAAGACUCCAAUCAUGCAAGAUGUGGAUGGCAGUGACCCCUAUGCUGAGCCGAAGCGUGUUGGCAAGUUCAAGAUACUGGACAGCAAAAACAAGCUCACAACACAUGACCUGGUGCAGCGCAUCAUACGGAACCGGCUGCAGUAUGAGAAUCGCAACUAUGAGAAAGAACGCAAGGAAAUGGCUGUCUACGACGCUUGGCUCCUGAGUCAGCAAAACAACCACGUGGGGAACAACAACAUCGGCGAGUAAGGACUUGAAAAAAAAAACGUGUCACACAGCAGACAGACACACUACUCUCGAAGCGGAGAGGAAGCCGAUGCAGACGAUGCACAGCUGAAUGCUUGCAGGCUUUGUGUCACAACUUUGGCGCAAUCUGGUGCAGCAAAAUGGGCACCAGUGUUAAUAUAGUGGGGAACACCCUGUUUUAGAGAACCUGGAGAGUGCAGCCAUCAUCUGAAAGUGCGAUAUGCCUGUGGGUUUGUCGUCUGCUAGCUGUAAAUAACAAAAGACAUUGUGCUGGCAGCAUGUUUGUUAUCUGCUACCUGUAAACAGCUCCAGCAAGCCUCGCACUGUGCUCGGGGAACACCUUACGCAUAUGUUAAACUAAAGCCAUGGUUCUCGCUCUGCCACCAGUUCCCUCCGUGGCCAAAUAUCAGUGCGCAAAGCACAAGACAUUUAUUGAUCAUGCACUAUGCCCAUUUUAGGGUUUGUUAUUUUUGUAUAAGUCAUUGCCACUAACUGGGAGUCGCUAUCAUGCAAAGGAGAAAAAAAAAAAAGACACCAUUUGCUUUUGUCCAGUUGUAAAACACUGAAAGAAAAUUGUUGGACACCUCGAAGAGUACUUGUUGCUGCUGACUUGUUUUUUUUUCUCAAUUCGAGGAGGGUGUAUGCAAGAGUGAGCUUAUAAGGAUUGCUUGCAAAAACAUGUUAUGUUUCAACUACAAGCACAACUUGCCUAGAGACCAAACACUCUAAUUUGGUCACAAAAGGUCACAGAGGGCACAAUCAGUUUGCAGCGGCCAUUUCUUUCCAGAAGUAGGCUGUACGUAAGCAUGCACGUUACAGAGCAGAUGAAAAAAUGCAGAGUUGUAGCCACUGCACUUUGGCAUGCCCUAUGGCUUUGUUCAUUGCAGCGUGAAAUAAGCUUUAUUAGUACUGAGGCAGAAUGGGGGCUUUGUUGUAAAUAGCUUCAACUCCCACAUCUCUUUUACCUGCGAAGGUUAAACAAGGUGUCGUGGCUUUGGCACGCUUUCCCAUUGCGUAAAGCAACGGAAGCCUAGGGGACAGGUGUCUUGCUUGGAAGCUGUAUCACGUACUUGCUUGUGCAAGCCAUCACUGUUAUGCAUAUUGUCUGAGGGCGUGUUGUUAUAUAUUACCUUCAAAAGCAUAGACAAGCAGGUUCAACUGCCGAAGGAAAGCUAGACUAGUCCUGUCCUGCAGCUUCAAGCAGCAUGUUGGACAUGUGUCACAUGUGUACCUGCACCUCUUUCUUUUUUUUUUUUCUUGUACAUAGAAAACGCCAUCCCGUAAACUGUGUGGUUCCCCGAGCAGGCCUUCCCAAGUUCUUAUGUCAAAGCUCGAAGCUAUCGGCUUUCUUUUCAACGCAGGCUGUCUGUUUGCUCAUCAAUUGGCAUCAUUUUGACAGAGUACACAUUGGCUGUGUUUCAUUGAUAGCGCUUGCUUCAUUCUCCCCAACGCUGCGUCAAUUUUACAGGUGCCAUCAUCUUGCACUGCUUUCUGAAUUGGAGCUCGCUUACUGUUCAAUUGUUGUGUGUGGUGCCACAAAUUGUGUUUUCUGUGGGAACAAUUUGACUUAGAAGUAUCCAUGCAUCGUGAGAUUUGUUGUUACACACACACUGCCAUCAUACAUCAACAGUUGAUACAUAUUCAGUGCAGGCCUCAAAAAUGGGGCACUGGACCUUUCUACAAAAAUUUUGUACUGUCCAUUACAUCACGACUGAUCUGAUCUUCCAAGACAUGAAUGCCUUGUGUACCUGUGGCAUCAGCUUAGGAGUGUGGCCGCAUCGUCUGAAAAAUUGUUUUCGCAGUGCUUGCACAUGGCUGUGUAUUUUUUCCAAUCGUCCCGCCAUGUCAAUUGUUAGAUGUGUCAUCCUAGUGGUCUGCAAUGCAUGCUGAAAUAUGACAGGGUACAGGAACAUGCAGAUUGCAUUUAACUUGUACUUUGCCCUUUCUUCACCUUCUGAUGACUAGCACAAGAUGGCUUGAGUUUCUUCUCAUUCACAAAAAUCUAAGCAGCGGCUGUAUGGUCUUUUUCAUUCUAGCAACGCCCAGGCCCGUAGUUGUUGUUCCAGUAUCUCAUCAGCUAGCUGCCAAAGACCAACUCGUAGAGCACCUUUAGUAGUUAUAUUUUUUGUGCGCUGAGUGGUUCAGACAUUAGCGUCGCUAGUCAUUGGAAAGACAACUUGCAGUAUGUUUUGCAGUGGUUGUUUGUGUGAUCAGAAGAUUGCCUUAUUUACAUGGGUGUGUCUACAGGAUGCAUGCGGGUGUGAAAGGUGAAACUUUUCGUGCUCUUGCAUGCACCUUUUUGUUUUUGGCUUCUGUACUUGUAAUAUAUUUAUUUGUGCAUGUCAAGUUUUAAUGUUGUUAGAGCAUGAAGUGACCUGAUUGGUCGUUCUAUGCGGGCAUUUUAAAAAGCUAUUUUAGAAGGUUUCGCUACCUGCACUCUCGCAAUAUUUUGAGCCAAUACAGGUGCCAUUAAUAAAAUACGGGCUUCUGUUGUGAAAAAA